CGCCACGUAGAUUAUAGGAAUGACUGAUAUUACCUAGUCGAGAGAAACAAAUAUAAAUUGAACAGAAAACAGCAACAGCACUGGAUCAAAUAUAAACGAGAAUUACAAUACCAGCUUUAGCCACAACGGAACUCACCAUAACAGAGGAUACGCCCCUCCACGUUGGUUCCCGCCCACAAACUUACUCGAGCCAAGUGACAGCGGAGCCAGCUGGGAAAUAUCGCGGAUGCACUUCACUCCACUGAACUCUGCAAACCAACACACAGUGACAUUUGUCAGCGACGAGCCGAACAGCCUUCAAGCAGACACUUGAUUCUGGACGUUUCCCUCUGAUUGUUUCUAUUGUAACUUCAGUCCGCCGCAGCCAGCAUGUCAGAGGCGGCCGGAGAGACGAGGCUGGAGGUGAAGCAGGCGAGCAAAGAGGCGAAAGAAAGUGAAAACGUGGCGGAGAAAUAUUCAGCCAUGACCGUAAGCAAGAACAGCGACCUGAACAUGGGAGAGCUGUCAUCCGUCUUCAGCGCUGUACCCACUCACAAACCUGUGAAGAAGCAAAUUCAGUUUGUGGAGGACAAGCAGGAGUUCAGUCGUUUCCCUACCAAGACGGCCCGCCGCUCUCUGUCCCGCUCCAUCUCUCAGUCAUCCACAGACAGCUACAGCUCUGCGGCCUCGUACUCGGACAGCUCCGAUGACGAGACUUCACCGCGGGACAAAACUCAGGUCAACUCCAAAGGCAGCAGUGACUUCUGCGUCAAGAACAUCAAACAGGUCGAAUUUGGCCGACGCGAGAUUGAGAUCGCAGAACAAGACAUGUCUGCUCUGAUCUCACUGAGGAAGAGAGCGCAGAGUGAGAAACCUCUGGCUGGGGCCAAAAUAGUGGGCUGCACCCACAUCACAGCCCAGACGGCAGUGCUGAUUGAAACCCUGGUGGCCCUGGGCGCUCAGUGCCGCUGGGCCGCCUGUAACAUCUAUUCCACUCAGAACGAAGUGGCCGCCGCCCUGUCAGAGACAGGUGUGGCUGUGUUUGCCUGGAAGGGGGAGUCGGAGGACGACUUCUGGUGGUGCAUUGACCGCUGUGUCAACACUGAGGGUUGGCAGCCAAACAUGAUCCUUGAUGAUGGAGGAGACUUGACUCACUGGGUGUACAAGAAAUACCCUAACGUCUUCAAGAAGAUCCGGGGCAUUGUAGAGGAGAGUGUCACCGGGGUUCACAGGCUGUAUCAGCUGUCCAAAGCUGGGAAACUGUGUGUCCCAGCCAUGAACGUGAACGACUCUGUGACGAAGCAGAAGUUUGACAACCUUUACUGCUGCAGAGAAUCGAUCCUGGACGGCCUGAAGAGAACCACAGACGUCAUGUUCGGAGGCAAACAGGUGGUGGUGUGUGGAUACGGCGAGGUCGGGAAAGGCUGCUGUGCUGCGUUGAAAGCUCUGGGCGCCGUGGUCUAUGUGACGGAGAUCGACCCCAUCUGUGCACUGCAGGCCUGCAUGGAUGGGUUCAGGGUGAUGAAGCUGAACGAGGUCAUCCGCCACGUGGACAUCAUCAUCACGUGCACCGGGAACAAGAAUGUGGUGACCAGAGACCAGCUGGACCGAAUGAAGAACGGCUCCAUUGUCUGUAACAUGGGACACUCCAACACUGAGAUCGAUGUGGCAAGUCUGCGUACCCCGGAGUUGACGUGGGAGAGAGUUCGCCCCCAGGUGGACCACAUCAUCUGGCCCGAUGGGAAGAGAGUUAUACUUUUAGCAGAGGGACGUCUCCUCAAUCUCAGCUGCUCCACGGUUCCUACCUUUGUCCUGUCCAUCACAGCCACCACUCAGGCCCUGGCCCUCAUAGAGCUGUACAACGCUCCAGAGGGACGAUACAAGAAGGACGUCUACCUGCUCCCUAAGAAGAUGGAUGAAUACGUGGCCAGUCUCCAUCUGACCACCUUUGACGCCCACCUGACGGAACUAAACGAUGAGCAGGCAAAAUACCUGGGCCUCAACAAGAACGGACCCUUCAAACCCAACUACUACAGGUAUUAGUCCACGAGGGAUCCAGCUGCCGGCCUGAUUGUGGACGGUGCCUAAGACUUUGUGUCAAACAAAAAAGAACAUUCAUGUAUUUUUUUUUCUUUUCUAAUCCUCAAAAAUGAAAUGAUAUUUUCUGCUCUACGCAGAGGCACGACACGGCACCCUGCUGCCGACCAACAGAACUUCAGUUGCUUUUUACUGAUGCAUCCAUUUUCACACUUUCCAUAGUUACUUCAAGUUCAGUUCAGUAUAUACUAUGCCAAAAGGUGUGAUUGAAAUCACAUUGGUAUGUGGUGAAAUCAGCCAAAUGCCUGAACAUGAACUUUUAUGUUAUUUCAAAAGUGAUCGCUUUAAAAAAAAAAAAAAGAAAAAAAAAAUCCAAAUAUCUUUUUAGACACGUUCAACUUAAUAUUCUGCUGUAUGGAGCAUUUUAAGACUCCAGUUUUCCUGUCGGGCUGGUGAAACGAUGUCAGUAAUUAUAUUAUUUUUUAAGUGGUCCAGUGCUUGGCUAGUAAGUGAUGGCCUUCAGAAGUCUAGAAGGAAAGUAACAGAAUUAGCCGUGGCUCUGUCUGCUGAGUGUUAAAAUAAAUGUGAUCUGCUGUUCAUGAGCCAUGGAAACAGGAGAUGAUGAUUUUUACUUUUUUUUUUUUUUGUUAUUCUAUAGAAACUGCUAACUUGCCUCACUUGAUACAUUCCAUUUGAAAAAGACAGCAAUGUCAUAAAUUAUUUUUGAACAUCAAAACAAUGCAGCCAACACAGCAGAUAAAGUUAAUCUGAAUUCUAAGCACUUUUUAAUUUUAAAAAAAAUAUGAAAAGAGAAUUUAAAAAUAUAUAUUUUGAAACACACUUAAGCUAUGGGUAUCUACAGUAUUAAAAAUCUGCAUCUGCACCUCAGGGCAAUUUAAAAAAAAAUCUGUUAAUGUAUUUUUGCAUCACUUUUGCAGCGGCUAAUAUUCACUUCCAUUUGCAUGUUUCAUUUCACAUCAAACUAUUUUAAGUAAUUUAAGAUUUUUAUUAUUAUACCAAUCAGAUGUUGUGAUACUCUAUGCCAUAUACUAUAUGUCUGUGUACAAGUAUCUUCUGUUUCACCAAAGUUCAGUAUUUGUCCUGAUAAACCAAUAUGGAAAUGCACAACUGCUGAAUGUCUACUGAAAAUAUGUGGCUGCCUUCGGUGAGCGGUCAAUGUUUUGUGAAGCUGUACUCCAACAAUACUGGGACACAAGAAAUAUGACCAAUUUGUAUUCAGUUAUAGUAAGGUAUAAAUAAAUUAUAUAAUUUAAAAUUAAAUAUAUUAUUUAUAUCAAACAUAUCUUUAGACAUUCUUACCUAAAACAAAGUGAAAACAGUGAAACCGUGACCUGCAAUACUGCGUUCUGUUGAAUUACUGCCACCUACUGGCUGUAUUUCUUUACUUUUGAACACAAACGUCCCAAAAGUGUUUCUUCAUGGCUCCGUGAAGAAAAAAGAAAAAU